UCUUAAAAUUUUGUGCUAACUUUAGCUACAAGUGAAUCAUAAGAUCAGUGUAACGGAACAAAUGCAAAAUGUUGUUUCUUGGUUUCUGUUUUGCUUCACUCUUGUGUGCAUUAACCAUUUGUUUUAUAGUCAAUUUCACUGGUAUGCACUAGGUAGUCACCUUUCCCCAUUCACACUUGUUUUUGUGUGCCAUGCACUACAGUACUGGGAGAGGAAAACAUUUUAAAGCACGGUAAAAUAUGACUGCAAGACCAUGAAGAUUGGCCCAGGCAGUCAAAGGCACAGAGUUAAUGUUAACUAAAAAUUUACUUGGAUUUCAGUUUGAUUGUACCCUUUCACAUCCAUUGUUUCCAAUCUAUGUAAAUAUUUAAGGUAAUGUGCUGCUAGAGAUUCAUGGCCUAUAUAGCAGAGGGAACCGAUUGGUUACUUUGUUCUCUGCUCACAGUUAUUUGGCACAGAAACAUUCACACUAGUCUGUUUCGCAAUUACUUGUUUGUAUUUGCAAAAAGAACAGGAGUACUUGUGGCACCUUAGAGACUAACAAAUUUAUUUGAGCAUAAGCUUUCGUGGGCUACAGCCCACUUCAUUGUAUUUGUAUCCUUAUUCCAAUACUUAUAUAUUCUAAUAGCACUAAGAGACUCUAGUUAUGAUUGGAGCACCAUUUGUUCUGAUUUUUUUCAUUAUAAACAGAAGCGCUCCUAAUGCCAAGCUUUGGGCACCUUGACAGUUUCUUAAAGUAUACUUCACUAACACAGACAGACUACAGCAAUUACGCACAGAUCACAAUAACCAGGCUGCAGCAUAAAACAAAUGUAAUACCCUCCCUCUCCCCCCCCACCCCCAAAACAGAAUUACUGGUCAUCCUCCUAUCACUACCCAGCCAUGCCCAUCUCUGUAAAUCUUUGUUCUGUGGAUAAAAAGAGACACCUUGAAGUGUGUCCUGGAGGUUAACUAAGCGGUUACAGGACACCCUGCUAGCAGCCUCCUCUCUCUUGUACAGGUGGGUGGUGGGGGCAUUGUCUAGCUUAGGAGCCUCUGCUUUCCACAACUGUGGCAAUGGAUCACAGUGACAGAAGAAGUCUCUUGGAUAGCUACGUCCCAGGCCAUUAGGGUUUUCCAGGUCAAACAAAAUCUUAAAAUGAAGAAGCCAAUGGACUAUGAUCUAGGCCGGUUGAGUUCAGGUUUGAUGUGCUCACAAAAAGAAAUGCUGCUUAACAAGCCAGCUGCUGAAUUCUGCAGCUCCUAGGUAGAUUUAAGGCAAAGAUAAAGAUAAGUUUUAAUUUCUUUGGCUAUUAAUCUAAUGCUGACCUCACUUUGGAGAAAGGUUAAAAAUGAUAAAUAAGAAAAAACCCCAAAAGAAUAGUUUGACACUAACAUACUGCACAAAUUAGGUGAUCAUACCACAUGCAUUUUCAUCUACAUGCAUUGAUCAUUGAACUUGGUGAGAGAUAAGAGACCUCAGAUGGAAAAUCUUUUGUUUAUUAGGUGUUUUGUAGAUUAAUACUGAAUACAUUCACCUAUAAGAGGUAACGUAAUUUUAAAAAAAUAGCAGAAAUAGAUAACAUAUUUAAUACAAUAAAUUUUUAGAAAAAGUUUUAUAGCUGUCAACAGCUUUCAUAUUUCUUCCAAGGUCAGUAUGUAAUACAUAUGGGACAACAAAAUCUCUCAAGUAUUUUUAAAACAAUUUGAAAUUUAAAUGCUAUCAUCCAAUGAAAGGUAAACCUGACCAGUUCAUACAGCAUCCAGUAAGUGUACAAGCCUCCAAAGGAAGAGAACAAAAGCUACCUGAUUUAGUUGGGAAUUGGUCCUGCUUUGAGCAGGGGGUUGGACUAGAUGACCUCCUGAGGUCCCUUCCAACCCUGAUAUUCUAUGAUUCUACCUCAGGAUGUAUGAUUUCUGCACCUAUAUGUCUGUUUAAAUUCCUGAAUUUGCCUCCUCCCAGAAAAAAACAAAACCAUCAACUUACUACUUCCAUUUGCCAGAACAAGUAUUGUCAACUGCUUCAUGGUUUCUGCAUCACCCUUCCAUUUUAGAGCUGCGUAAUUGGCUUUAGAGUUUGCAGCUGAAAACAUUUUUGGUAAAAAACCUGUUUUUGAGACUUUUUAGCCAUGACUAAAAGAGAUGCAGAGGAGCUGAUAGAAAUAGAAAUUGAUGGGACUGAGAAACAGGAGUGCACUGAAGAAAGCAUCGUUGAGCAGACGUACACCACAGCAGAAUUUGUGAGUCAGGCUAUUGACAUCAAUGAACCAGUUGGAAAUCUUAAGAAGUUGUUGGAACCAAGACUUCAGUGUUCCUUGGAUGCACAUGAAAUCUGCCUGCAAGAUAUCCAGCUGGACCCAGAUCGCAGUCUCUUUGAUCAAGGAGUAAAGACAGAUGGAACAGUACAGCUUAGUGUACAAGUAAUAUCCAGACAAGGAAUAGAGCCCAAGUUAAACAUCCUUGAAAUUGUAAAGCCUGUAGAAACUGUGGAGGUAGUUAUCGAUCCAGAUGCCCACCAUGCUGAAGCUGAAGCUCACCUUGUUGAGGAAGCCCAAGUGAUAACCCUAGAUGGCACAAAACACAUUACAACAAUUUCAGAUGAGACCUCUGAGCAAGUGACUCGAUGGGCUGCAGCGUUGGAAGGCUACCGAAAGGAGCAAGAACGCCUUGGAAUACCCUAUGACCCCGUACAGUGGUCAACAGACCAAGUACUCCACUGGGUGGUAUGGGUGAUGAAGGAGUUCAGCAUGACUGACAUAGACCUCAAUACUCUUAGUAUUCCAGGCCGAGAGUUAUGUAGCCUCAAUCAAGAGGACUUCUUCCAGAGGGUCCCUCGGGGAGAAAUCCUUUGGAGCCACCUGGAGCUUCUUCGAAAAUAUGUAUUGGCUAGCCAAGAACACUCUGGAGAAAUAGCAACAGUUACUAUUGAUCAGCCUGUGCAAAUUAUUCCAGCAUCUGUACAGCCUGCUACCCCGACCACCAUUAAAGUAAUAAACAGCAGUUCAAAGGCAGCUAAAGUACAAAGAGCACCAAGAAUCUCCGGAGAAGACCGAAGUUCACCUGGGAACAGAACAGGAAACAAUGGCCAGAUUCAGCUAUGGCAGUUUUUGCUAGAACUUCUUACUGACAAAGAUGCUCGAGACUGUAUUUCUUGGGUUGGCGAUGAAGGGGAGUUUAAACUGAAUCAACCUGAGCUGGUUGCACAGAAAUGGGGACAACGUAAAAAUAAACCCACCAUGAACUAUGAGAAGCUUAGUCGUGCUCUACGGUAUUACUAUGAUGGGGAUAUGAUCUGCAAAGUACAAGGCAAGAGGUUUGUGUACAAAUUUGUCUGUGACUUGAAAACUCUCAUUGGCUAUAGCGCAGCAGAGCUGAACCGGUUGGUCACAGAGUGUGAGCAAAAGAAACUGGCAAAGAUGCAACUCCAUGGCAUUGCACAGCCAGUCACAGCAGUAGCACUAGCUACAGCAUCCCUGCAAACCGAGAAAGACAAUUAAGCACUAGGACCUGAAAGUGGGAGCCUGAGGCCUUUCUUAUAUACCAGAGCAGUUAUCUUUAUCAGAAUUGGAAGCUUCUUUUUAUUCCUUGACAGUACAAUAUGAUGCAUGAUUUUCUACAAAGAACUGAGACUCCCAUAAAUUUGGAUCUUUAACAGCAUAUAUUUCAGUGUAUGUUAAGGGAUCACCACAACUUCUUCAAUGUGAAGAAUGGCACACUGUGUCAUGUAGUCUGCUGAAAUUGGUGAGGAAAGAUGAACUGGUUCAUGUUGUAUGUUCAGGCCUACAAAAUAUUUGUUCCAGCAUUUUAAGAAAAGUGAAGCAUCUACAGGAAAUAGACUGGUCAAUAGUUUGAAUUCAACCCUUUCUGCUGUUUUUUAUUCUCUAUCGAACUACAAAAUGGAAUUGGAUGCAUACACAAUUAAAGCAGGAGCUGCCCUUAAACAUGCCUGUUAAUCUCAUCUAAUCAAGCAGAGCAGAAAGAACAGACACAUUAAAAAAUAAUACAAAGCAUCAAGUCCUUAAGACAAUUUCUCUGUUUAUAAGCAAAGAAAACUAAGAAUAGACUAAACUGAAGAUCAGUGCUGAAGAAAGAGAUCCAGGUUUAACUCUGGCUUAGAUCAAAAGCCAAUUAUGAGUAUUUCAUUGUAAUGUGUAGCUAACAUGCAUAUACGAGGGAAAGUUCUUAACUUUUGAAAAAUGUUAUGCUUGCUACUCAGCAAAAGAAAAUUAAUAAAGAUUUCCAUGUUUUUCCUGUCAGGUUAUUAAAAACUUCCCUCACCCAAAAAGAAGUUUUUAUUACUCUAAACUGCAGAGUAUAUUAGCCAAUACUCCUUAUACCUGCACUAUAGUUGAUCUUGAUGAACUGAAGACUUAAGUUAAUCACAUUCAGCAAUCCUUUCCUGUUUAGAAACAAAAUGAGUUGCAAAUAAGUUUAUAAAAAUCUGAAGUUUCACUUCCAGAUUAUUGUACAGUCUGCCCUAUUAAAAUAUGAAAAAAUAUAGUUUCUUAUUUAAAAUUACUUUUUCCAAACUUCAGAUAAUGUUUUAAGGCCUCAGAAACAAAACUACACAUUCCUGAGGCCUAAGCAGGACACAGUUAAGGGUUUGGAUAAAUUUUUCAAAAUAUAUAUAAUUGGAAUGUAUCCUUAAUCCAGAGACUGGUAUAAAUACUACUUACUUCAAGCAUAUACAUGUUAAUAUGUAGAAAACUGUGUCUCCAUGAUUUGUGAGCUUCUCCAUUAAUGGAUUGCUAGACUUCUUCUGUUAGUCUGAAUAGAGUAUUUUUUACUUUUUGCCCCUUUGUUUAAACAGUAUGAAUAUUGUGUUACCAUGCAUUUUUGCUGUUCUUGCAAGCAGAUUUUUUUUAAAUAAGGAACCAUCAGCAGAAGCUGUGGUGUCACUUGACAAAUAGUAAAAAUAUAAUUGCAUAAGAGAAAAAUCUUUAGUACCAUGUUGAAAGGUCAAGUUACUCUUAAAACUUUUAAGUCAAGAAUCUUGCUACACUGACAGAUGCUUAAUGUAAAAUGUUCUUAAACUGAGUGGUGGGAGCACUACGUUAUUGCUGUUGACAAGUAAAGAGAAACUGGCUUUCAAGGAAUUGGAAAUAUGUGAGACUUGUAUAUUUUUAGGGUUUCUUUUUUAAGGGUACAUCUGGGGGCUGAGGUGUUUUUCUCGGUGGAGGUGCAUCUCCAUGCCUCUGCUGUAGUCCUGAGGAUCUCUCACAUGCCGUUUUGGCAAUCUAUCAUUUAAGUCUCUUUAGCUGCCAUCACCACGAUUGUAGCUUUCUCUUGUCAGAUUCCCCAGUGACUUUUAAUUUACCAUUCUUGAAUUACUGAAGCACUCCUUCAUUUGCCAAAAGGCUGAGCAUGCUGCUUCUGAAAGAUGUAUUAGCUUUAUAAGAAGAUAUACAAAUCCUUUUUAGUCCGUAACAAAUCCUUAAGUUACAGAUAUGGGUACAUCAGUCAGAAGUCAAGUCAAAUGUCUAGCUUGUAUGACUGUUAUAGUACAGUUGUAGCCCAUUUUUACUAUCAAGCAUUUGAAAUCUCUUACGUAAAUAGCUGAGGUCACUAUCUUGCUUAUGAAAGGAGAAAAUUAGGCUGCAAGUUGCGUGGCUAACAACUUUUUUCUGUGUCCGGAAUUCCAUUUGUGCAGCUCUGUUCAAGACAAGGAUGGGCACUGUAAAUACAAGCCACAAUUCAAGUAGCUAAUUAAUAAAUGUGAUACAGCUGCCCCUUAGAACACUGCUCAAUCUUUCUAGCAGAGGUCUAAAAUACUGCAAGUGGGCAGAGAAAGGAAGAAUUUAAAAUGUUGACUGACCAAAUCAGUCUAAUGGAGGAUGAAUUCAUAUCAAAACUAGUAAGGAAAAUUAAUGCUUUACCCUUGAAUAUACAUACUCUUAUUCCAUUCUAUUAGGAAAGAUGGCAUCAAAACUUCCCAUGUAAAUACAUCUGAUGAUUAGGUUGAAGCUCUUUAAUUUAGUAAAUAUGAUUAUCCCUUUUGGGUUUGUCUAUAUGCAUUUUAUUUCCUGGUAGGAUCUGCUGCUCUUCCACCAUGUUCUUUUCAUUAAAAAAGGACCAAUGCAUUUUCCAAACAGCAUAAAGCUGUUGUCAAAUUUCCUGUAGCUAAGAGCGAAAUCUGACUAACUUGAUGUCUUCAAUUAAAUAAAGGAUGUAGAAUAUUAUAUGUCAAUAUAAUUGUUUUGUUGCUGCCAGAAAAAAAAGUAUAAUCCCAAUUUUUUUGUAAAACAGGGGUUUUGCGUACAUUUUUACUCUUUAAAUAAAGACACUUAUACUCUGCUAAUAAUUAUGUAUUACUUUUGUUCUGAAUUUUUUUGGUAAUUUUACAUGAAACAAUUAUUUUCUAUUUUUAUUCUGAUAAAAUAUUUGUGCAUAAAAUGUCAAUAUAGUAAAAUAAAAAAAACUGUUACACA